UGAAUUAAGUAACGAAUCUUUUAUUUUUCUUUGUGAAGCUCUCCAUUUCAUUUUUCUCCCCUUAGCUCUUCAAAAUCCAAUAUUCCCAUUUCCAUAUAUAGAGUCAUCUCUUCUCUGACUCCUUCUUUCUCGAUUCUAUCUUUAUUAAAAGAUUCAGAUUCAAAGAUUGAGAGAAACCACAUAAAAAUGUCAAGAAAUUGUAUAUUCAGAAUAUUAUUAGUUUUGUUGUUGUUGUUGUUGAUGAUUGUUCCGAAUGGUUCAAGUGUUGGAGUGAACUGGGGAACUAUGGCUACUCAUCAGCUCCCACCAGAGAAAGUUGUUAAAAUGCUUCAAGAAAAUGGGUUUCAUAAAUUGAAGCUUUUUGAAGCUGAUGAUAGGAUUUUGGAAGCACUUAUUGGAACUGAUAUUGAGGUUAUGUUGGCUAUUCCUAAUUCAAUGUUGUUUCUUAUGAGUCAAGAUCCUCAGGCUGCUGCUUCUUGGGUUGAUUCUAAUGUUACUGCUUAUACUUAUCAUGGUGGUGUCAAAAUCAAGUAUGUUGCUGUAGGCAAUGAGCCCUUUCUCAAGUCUUACAAUGGCACUUAUCUUCAGCUAACAUUGCCUGCCCUAAGGAAUAUCCAACAAGCCUUAAAUGAUGCAGGGCUUGGAUCAAAGGUCAAAGCUACUAUUCCUUUCAAUGCUGAUAUUUACAACUCCCCCGACUCAAACCCGGUUCCAUCUGCAGGCGAGUUCCGCCCCGACGUCCGAGACUUAGCGAUCGAGAUUCUACACUACCUAUCCAUAAACAAUGCACCAUUCACAGUCAAUAUCUACCCCUUCCUUUCCCUAUAUGGAAAUGACUACUUUCCAAUAGACUUUGCAUUCUUUGAUGGAACGGCAUACAAGCCAAUCAAAGACAGAGAUCUAACAUACACGAAUGUGUUUGAUGCAAAUUUCGACACACUCGUAUCAGCUCUAGCAAAAGCAGGAUACCCUGAUAUGAAGAUCAUCGUAGGAGAAGUUGGUUGGCCAACGGACGGUGACAAACACGCCAAUAUUCAAAACGCGAAACGAUUCAACCAAGGAUUGUUAAGACAUGCUUUAAGUGGAGAGGGAACCCCAGCAAGGGUAGGCAUAAUUGAUAUCUAUCUUUUCAGUCUGAUUGAUGAAAAUGCUAAAAGUAUAGAACCAGGGAGCUUUGAGAGGCAUUGGGGAAUAUUCGAAUUUGACGGUAAACCAAAAUACGAACUAGACUUGGCUGGAACAGAAGAAGAAAAAGGGUUAAUACCAGUUGAAGGAGUGAGAUAUAUGGGGAAAAGAUGGUGUGUUUUGAAUCCAAAUGUGAAUGAUUGGGAAGGUUUGGCUGAUAGUGUAGACUAUGCUUGUAGUUUAUCAGAUUGUACUGCAUUGGAAUAUGGAUCUUCUUGCAAUCAAUUAACUGCACAAGGAAAUGCUUCUUAUGCAUUUAAUAUGUACUAUCAAGUGAACAACCAAAAGAGUUGGAAUUGUGAUUUUGAUGGUUUGGCUGUGGUGACUCAACAAGAUCCUUCUUAUGGAAACUGCCUAUUCCCAAUUAUGAUUGAUUAUACCUCUUCUUCUUCUUCUUCUUCUUCAUUUCUGGUUGAUGAAAGAUUUUUUGAUCUUCUUGUUGCAAUUUUUAUGGGAAUUGUAGUGUUUUUGAUGGUGCAAUAUGAUCAGUGACGGAUUUUGGUAAUGAUUUUUGUGAGGAAUUAGUUAAGA